AUGACAUGGCAUGAUGAAGGGCGCCCAAAAGAUGGAAAUAUACGACGUCCUGCAGAUGGAGAAAGCUGGAAGGAAUUUGAUUCUUUGUAUCCUCACUUUGCUAAAGAAACGAGAAAUGUGAGGUUAGGGUUGUCAAGUGAUGGAUUUAACCCAUUUCGAACAGCGAGCGUUUCUCAUAGCACUUGGCCUGUGGUAUUGAUUAACUACAAUUUGCCUCCAUGGAUGUCACUAAAACCAGAAUAUUUUAUGUUGUCUUUGUUAAUUCCUGGACCCGAGUCACCGGGUAAUAACAUAGAUGUUUAUUUACAACCUUUAAUUGAUGAGCUUAAAGAAUUGUGGGAUGAUGGAUUGGAGACAUAUGAUAAAUCUAAAGAUGAAACAUUUAAAAUGUAUGCAGCCUUAACAUGGACCAUUAGUGAUUUUCCAAGUUAUUCCAUGUUGUCGGGGUGGAAAACAAAGGGAAAAUUUGCAUGCCCAUGUUGUAACUAUGAGACUAGUUCACUUUACUUGAAGCAUAGUAUGAAAACAUGCUAUAUGGAUCACCGCAGAUUUUUAAACGCUCAACACCCAUGGCGACGCAAUAAGAGUGCUUUCAAUGGCAAGAUUGAGAAAAGGCUUUCUCCAACACCCCUAUCAGGUGACGAAGCUUUGAGUGAGUUGUCUAGUUUUGAAAAUAUUUUUGGAAAGACUCAAAAGAAGAAAAAUGAUAGCACUUGUCCAUGGAAGAAAAGUGGGAAGUCAAAGGAUCACCCAAAAGCUCGAUUUGACCUUUUAGAACUCGGCAUCAAAGAACGGCUACAACCAAAACUUUCAAAUGACAGUAAGCAUGUUAUCAUGGAGAGCGCAUGUUUUUCAAUGUCUUCAAAGGAGAAAGUAAAUGAAGUUCGGCUUGGAGGACCUGUUCAGUAUAGAUGGAUGUUUCCCGUGGAGAGAUACCUAUGUAAGUUGAAGUCAUAUGUUCGUAACAAAGGCCAACCAGAGGGUUCCAUAGCUGAAGGGUAUUUAAUUGAAGAAUGUUUGACUAUUUGCUCACGUUAUAUGGAUGGAGAAAAUCCAAGACUGAAUAAGGGUGCGGAAGACGUUGAUGAGCUAGAUGAAGAAAAAGAAUUGGGUGGACCAAAGUUAAUGAUUAUAUCACUGAGCAUGAAGCUCAUAUUGACAAUCAACCCCGAAAAACUCAAUGAGCACGUGCACAAGACCAUAGUCAUGAGUUCUCCGGUUGGUUCAAAGAUAAAGAGAUACAAGGGGUAUUAUGCCAACGGAUAUAGGUUUUCUACCAAAUCACGAGAUGAUAAAUGUCAAACUCAAAAUAGCGGUGUUUCAAUUACAGCUUUAACUCCUAACUUUGCGAGUUCUCGAGACAAAAGUCCAACCGUUGAGAAUGUUGACUACUAUGGUAGAAUUUUGGAUAUAAUUGAACUUGAUUACUGGUCCCAGUUCAGAGUUGUGUUAUUUCAUUGUGAGUGGUACCAAGUUGAGAAAGAUGAUUAUGGCUUAACAUGCGUUAAUAUGAAGAAGCUUUGCUAUUCAGAUGAUCCUUUUGUCAUGCCUUCACAAGUGAAACAAGUGUUCUAUAUACCGGAUCCUAUAGUAAAUGGGUUGCAUUAUGUUGUCGAUACGGUUCCAAGGGAAGUAUAUGACUUUGAUGAAGAAAGUAAUGAAACUGAUGAUGGGUCUUAUUGGUGUGAGCCUAAUGAAGAUAGGUUGGGUUAUUACACACAAGCCAGUGUGCAAGAGACCCGUUUGUCAAGAGAAGAUAUCCCUCCUCUUAUGGUUGACGUAAGUACAAAAUUGGAUGCCACGGAUGUUAUUGAUAGUGAGAAUGCUGAUGAUUCUGAUCAUUAUGAUGAUACAUUAUGGGAUUGGAUGCACCCAGAUGAAGAUGAUGACAAUUGA